CGACUGUAGCGCAGGCAAAAUUUUCAGUUCAGUUCCAACAAUCGGAGUGUCAGGCAGCUUCAGCAGGAGCAGGCGAAGGCGAAGGCAAAGACAGAGGAAGAAGCAUAAGGCAAAGAGCCAACAACCAACUGUUUUAAAAAUUGUUGAAAUAGAAUCGAGAAAAUAACUACAAAAUAUUGCCUGCGCAUGCGCUGCUCUCGACAUUUCUACAAAAAGUGUUCUUUUCAAAAUCAACCAACAGCUGCCUCACAAGAGUUUCGAAAGCAAUUUUCAAAUCAAGCAAAAAAACAACAAAAAACUAAAGAGAAAUAAACAUAAAAGUGUUUCAGUCACCACGCGCGUGUGUGUGUGUGUUAGUGUGUUUAUAGUGUGCAUUUUAAACAUUAGUUCUAAAUACUUGCAUAUGUUUUUUUUGACUGUGCCAAAUAAAUCCAAUUCAAAAAAUUCUUAUAUAAAAAAAACUAAACAAAACCGCGCGUACAUUUUGUUGUCACUUUUUUUUGUGACGUCGCGCGAUUUGUUGUUGUCUUUUGCCGCCUUUACAACUUGUUGUUGUAAGAAGUGUUAAAUAUUUGUAAUUAAAAUAUAAUUAUACGAACUGUUUAGUAGCGUGUGUUGAGCAAAUUACAUAAUUUGCUUUGAAUAAUUUGCGUUUUCAUACGUCGUCAAGUUCAAGUUGCAAACGGCGACAUGUCGAAUACCGAGAAACGGGGCCUUCACAGAUUUCAAAAUUUGCUAUCAUGUCGCCAAGUUUUGAAUCUGCUGACAAUGCUCGGCUUUAUGCUGAACUAUGCCCUGAGAGUGAAUCUGACAAUUGCUAUUGUGGACAUGGUCAUGCCAGCUUCCAUCAAUACAAACACCACCAGCAAUGGCACUCUGGCGGGGAAUAGCAGCGACACCUUGGACUUGAACAACACUAGCAGCGGGAGCAGCAGUGGGGGAAUCAUCACGAACUUCACAUCCGCAGAUGGUGUGGAUGUGUUGGAGGAACGCUUUACCUGGAAUGCGCAGGAGACCAACUUUGUGCUGGGCUGUUUCUUCUGGGGUUAUGUGCUCACCGAGCUGCCAGGUGGUCGUCUGGCCGAAUUAAUUGGUGGACGUCGCGUCUUUGGACAUUCCAUGCUGUGGGCGAGUCUGUUGACAUUGAUAACGCCACUGGCGGCACAUCUUAGCUAUGUGGCAUUGAUCAUAGUGCGUGUGGCACUUGGAUUCAUGUUGGGCGCCUCCUGGCCAGCUAUACAUCCCGUUGCCGCUGUCUGGAUUCCACCAAUGGAUCGCUCCAAGUUCAUGUCCAACAUGAUGGCUUCGUCCUUGGGUGCCGCCAUUACGAUGCCCGUUUGUGGUUACCUCAUCUCGGUUGCUGGCUGGGCGAGUACAUUCUAUUUGACGGGUGCCAUUGGCCUGGUGUGGUCUCUGUUGUGGUUCACUUUCGUCUAUGAAACACCAGCUACUCAUCCACGCAUUUCGGCGGAGGAGCGUCGAGAGAUCGAGGAGGCCAUUGGCACAACCACCUCCAAGAAGCGUCCCAGUUAUGUGCCUUGGGGUCAACUUCUCUGCUCCCCUGCCGUCUGGGCUAUCAUUGUCACCCAUGGUCUAUCCGUCUUUGGCUUCUUCACGGUCAUCAAUCAACUGCCUACGUUCAUGUCCAAGGUUCUGCACUUUCCUAUCAAGAAGAAUGGUCUGUUAUCCUCGCUGCCUUAUCUGGGCAAGUAUGUGAUGGCUGUUGCAUCUUCCUAUCUGGCGGAUUAUCUGCGUCAUAGAGGCACCUUGAGCACUACAGCAACCCGCAAGCUCUUCACCAGUUUUGCACUUGUUACGCCGGGUUUGUUGAUGGUGGCAUUGGUGUUCCUGGGCAUGGAUCAGACCUGGGCAGUGGUUCUCAUUACGCUGGCCUUGUUUGCACAUGGAGCUGUCACUGCGGGCUACUUGGGCAACGGUUUGGACAUUGCGCCAAACUUUAGCGGCACCAUCUUCGGCAUGGCCAAUUCACUGUCUUCCUUUGGCGGCUUCGUGUCCACAUGGAUGGUCGGAGCAUUGACCUACCAGAAUGAUUCGUUCCACCAGUGGCAAAUUGUCUUUUGGAUUCUGGCAGUCACCUACAUUUCGGCCGCUGUUGUCUUUGUCAUCAUUGGAUCUGGGGAUCUCCAAUCGUGGAACAAUCCUCCAGAGCGCGUCAAGAUCGGCGAUGUUGCCCAGGAGGAGGGCAUGCCUCUCAAGAAUGAGAAGUAAUUUGUCCAUCUUGGCGGAAGUUUGGCGGUGCUGAUAAAAUACUAAAAUUAAUAUUAUUUGAAAAAAAAAAAAAAAACCCACCGCAUCCGCACAAGUUAUAGUAGUUUCUACUGCACAUUUUGAGAUUUUGAGAGUGCUGCACUGACUCUGAUACUUUUAACAAAAUUUCCAUUUAAUUCUUAAAAUUUUUAACGUUUUGCAAAAAUUCUUUAAGCAAAAGCACAUAAUGGAAGACAUUAGAUUUAGAAAAACCUGUAAAGUUUCUAUACAUACAUAUAUACAUCUAUAUAUACUAAUGAUGAAUGACUAUUUAACCAUGAAUAAGUAAUAUUUACUUUAGAUUCAAAGCAUUAGUUGUAGGCGUGGCCAUAUAGCAACUUAUUUGAUGCUAAUGAGCCACAGUUUAAUGUACACUUUAUAAAAUAAUACUAAAUUUAUGUAUAUACGUGUAGUUUAGUUGAUAUUGUAUGUCUCUAUGCUCAUGGAGUGCAUAGAAAUUGCAUCAAUGAGAAUGUUGUACAAAAGAGGAUAGAAAAAUGUUUAAAUUGUUUAUUUUUGUGCACAAAAUGUUCUUUUUAAUUAAGUAGUCUCUUAACGCAUGCCUAUGUACUCGUAUUAGCUAAAUAUAUAAAUGCAAAGCUUAGUUAAGUAUAAUAA